AAUUGAUGAUCGGACACGCUGAUUUCAUUGUCUGAGGCGGCAGUGGAGACCCCGGAAAAUUCUCGCGGAAUCCUCCUGCCCCAGCACUGACCUGAUCUGGGAUCCUUUGAUCCCUUUCGUGACCACAUCACACACGAGAUGAAUCUGCGUUCUGUAUUUACUGUAGAGCAACAAAGGAUUUUACAACGUUAUUAUGAAAAUGGAAUGACAAAUCAAAGUAAAAAUUGCUUUCAGCUCAUAUUACAGUGUGCACAGGAGACUAAGCUGGACUUCAGUGUAGUCAGGACGUGGGUUGGCAAUAAGCGAAGAAAAAUGAGUAGUAAGAAUUCUGAAUCAGGAGCAAGCACAGGAACUGUUUCUGGUACUUCUUUGACAGCUCCAGACAAUACAGUCAGAAAUGUGGUUAAUAUUGCUGGACCCUCAAGCCAACAAUCCUCUUGGACUUCUGCCAAUAAUGAUGUCAUUUUAACUGGUAUAUACAGCCCAAGUAGUUCAUCAAGUAAACAAGGGACGACCAAACAUACAACCCCACAAAUUACAGAAGCACAUAACAUUCCCAGUCAGAAAGCCUCCAGUAAAAAUGAUACUGAGUUUCAGUUGCAUAUACCUGUUCAAAGACAAGUAGCACACUGUAAAAAUGCCUCACUGCUCUUGGGUGAAAAAACAAUUAUUUUGUCAAGACAGACAAGUGUGUUAAAUGCUGGAAACUCAGUAUAUAAUCACACAAAGAAAAACUAUGGAAGCUCUUCAGUGCAUGCUUCUGAAAUGUCAGGACCUGCAAAACCAUCUGUAUGCCAUCGACCUUGCAAAAUUGAACCAGUUGGGAUUCAAAGGUCAUAUAAGCCUGAAAACACAAGUGUGGCAUCACAUAACUUAUGUGGGCAAAAAUCAACUAUUAGAGACCCUUUCUGUAGAACACAAAACUUGGAAAUCCGUGAAGUAUUUUCAUUGGCUGUCAGUGAUUACCCCCAGAGAAUUCUGGGAGGAACUGCCACACAGAAGCCCAGCUCAGCAGAAGGAACUUGUUUAUCCAUUGCAAUGGAGACUGGAGAUGCUGAGGAUGAAUAUGCCAGAGAAGAAGAGUUGGCAUCUAUGGGAGCACAGAUCCCAAACUACUCAAGAUAUUAUGAAAGUGGUAGUUCCCUUCGAACUGAGAACCAAAGUACAACUUUGCCUGGACCAGGAAGAAAUAUGCCAAAUUCACAAAUGUUGAAUAUUAGAGAUUUUUCAGACAAUGUACUGUUUCAAAACAGAGACUACCAUUUGACACCUCGGACCUCAUUACAUACAGCAUCUAAUACAAUGUACAGUAAUACCAAUCCACGGAAUAAUUUUUCUCCACAUUUUGCAUCAUCAAACCAAUUGAGGUUAUCACAAAACCAAAACAACUACCAGAUUUCAGGAAACCUUACUGUGCCUUGGAUUACAGGGUGUUCUAGAAAAAGAGCACUACAAGACCGCACUCAGUUCAGUGACCGAGAUUUAGCCACCCUUAAGAAGUACUGGGACAAUGGCAUGACCAGCCUGGGCUCUGUUUGCAGAGAGAAGAUUGAGGCUGUUGCAACUGAAUUAAAUGUUGACUGUGAAAUAGUCCGGACUUGGAUUGGGAAUCGAAGAAGGAAAUAUCGUUUAAUGGGGAUUGAAGUUCCACCUCCAAGAGGAGGCCCUGCUGAUUUCUCUGAGCAACCCGAGUCUGGCUCUUUGCCUGCCCUCACACCUGGAGAUGAAGCUGGGCCUGAUGUAGGAGAUGAUAAUGACAGAAAUGAUGAAAUAUCUAUCUGUUUGUCUGAAGGAAGCUCUCAAGAAGAGCCCAAUGAAGUUGUUCCAAAUGAGGGAAGGGAUCAUAAGGAAGAAGACCACCGUGUAGUAUCCGCAGAUAAUGUGAAAAUAGAAAUUAUCGAUGAUGAAGAAAGUGAUAUGAUAAGUAAUUCUGAAGUGGAACAAGUGAAUUCUCUCUUGGAUUAUAAGAAUGAAGAAGUCAGAUUCAUUGAAAAUGAACUAGAGAUUCAAAAGCAAAAAUAUUUUAAACUUCGGACUUUUGUUAGAAACUUGAUACUAGCUAUGAAAGCUGAUGAUAAGGAACAACAGCAGGCACUGCUCUCAGAUUUACCUCCUGAAUUAGAAGAGAUGGAUUUCAAUCAAGCCUCACCAGAGCCUGAUGAUACCUCAUUCAGUGUGUCUUCUUUAUCAGUGAAGAAUGCCUCGGACUGUUUGUGAUUUGAGGGGGGAUAUACGAUGUAGUCCUUUGGCUACCUAACAGGUGUGCAUUUCAAAAUAACUACAUUCUGUUGCCCUAAUAGUAUUCAGUUGGAAAAACAAAUUGUUGAAACAAACCUAUUCUGUGAAGGAAGAAAAAGAUAUAAUGGCUACAAAGCAAAAAAUAAUGCAUGUAAAAUUUAAAAGCAUUGCUUGAGAGCAAACUAAUAGAACUCUGGAAAAUAAUUUUGAGCAAGUCAUCCUUUAUAUGGAUUAUGUCUAAUUUCU